UGCUCGAUGACUCGGUGCCCGCUGACUUGCCCGGUGACUCGGUGCCCGCAGACGUGCCAGAUGACUCGGUGCCCGCUGUCGAGCUUGAUGACUCGUUGCCUGCUGUCGUGCCAGAUGACUCGGUGCCCGCUGUCGUGCCAGAUGACUCGGUGCCCGCUGUUCUGCCAGAUGACUCGGUGCCCGCUGUCGUGCCAGAUGACUCGUUGCCCGCUGUCGUGCCAGAUGACUCGGUGCCCGCUGUCGUGCCAGAUGACUCGUGCCCGCUGUCGUGCCAGAUGACUCGGUGCCCGCUGUUCUGCCAGAU